AUGUCUCAAAAGAUUACCUCCAAAAACCUGCACUACACCUCCACGCUCCCACCCUUUCUCGCCCGCCUGCGAGGCCAAGCCGACGCCGAGACCGACCCGAACGCUCCCGACCCGAUCCUCUCGGCAAGACGACGGCCCGGCAAGCCGCGCUCUGGCAGCGCGGAAGCUGAAGACGCGCCCCUGGUCGUGGACGAGCACGGCAAUGCUGUGAGCGUUGCUCUAAACCCCGACGGCAGCGUCAAGGCGCAGCAGGAUAGUACUGCCACCGGGGUGGAAGGCGAAGAAGCACGAAAUGGCAGCGUUGCGCGGAGUGAUGCGGCGGAUGACGGUGCUGUGUCGAGGGAGAAGCUUGCGGGCAACAGUGAUGCUAUGGGCAGGUCGAAGAAGAGAAGGGUCGCAAAGGUCGUUGGUGCUGAUGCUGAUGCUGAUGAGGAGGAGGCGCAAGAACAUGACAAGAAAGGGCGAGGGGAGAGGAGAUCUAAGCUCGACGACCGGGAUGGACCGGCUUCAUCUGCAAACGCCAAGGCAAAGAGAAAGGCAAAGAAGAUUAAGCUUAGCUUCGGCGACGACGAGGGCUGA